AUGGCAUCCCCCCAGACUCAGCAGUUCGAAAUCCUCGUGGCAUGCACGUGCAACUGCUUCUCGUCCGUCGGGAUGCUGCUCUUCAACAAGUUGGCGAUCCAGGCCCUGCCCUUGGAGUGUAGCUUGGUCUGGCUGCAGCUCUUCUUCGCCGGCUUCUUCAUGCUGAUCUUCGGCUUCCCCUACUUGCACAUUGGCUCCAUGCGAGACUUCCUUCGCUGGUGCGCUGUGGUGCCCGCCUUCUGUGGGAUGCUACUCACCUCGAUCCUGGCCCUGAAGAAAGCGCCCAUGUCCCUAGUCAUUGUGCUCCGCAGUGCCUCGCCACUCUUCUCCCUGCUUAUUGAGCGGUUUUACCCGGAGCCGCUUCGCAUCAGCGGGCAGAUGAUUGGCGCCGUCCUUGUCAUGAUGGCCGGGGCAGCAAUGUACGUCUCUCAGCUCCAUUCCGAGCACUGGGAGGGCAUCGGCUGGGUGAUGCUCAACAGCGUGGUAGCUGUGUGCGAUCGCUUGCUGCAGAGGCUGCUCUUGUCCAAGGCCUUCUCCGGCCUGCUGGAGAGGGGGUUUGCCUGGGACCCUCUGUACCUAGAGUUUUAUGGCUUCUACCUACUCGUUAUAAGGAUGGGCUUGAUCCCCGUGGGACUGGCAGCCUACCUCACGGGAGAGAUGUCCCAGCUCCCGGGGGCCUAUGCCCACCUCACAAGCCUGGACAAGGUCUACAUCGGCCUGAGCUGUGUGAUCGGCCUGUCCAUCGGCUUUACGGGAAUCUGGGCCCAAAGCCUGAUUAGCGCCACGAGCUUUUUGGUCAUGGUCAAUGCAAACAAGUUCGUCAUCAUCGGCAUCGAGGCCCUCGGCAUGCACACCAAGGUGCUGACCCACGGCCAGAUUUUGGGUGCCUGUUUGUCCAUCUUGGGUGGGAUCCUCUACGGCAAAGCCCGCCAGCAGAUUGAGCAGGAGGAGGAGGAGAGAAGACAGCUGCUGCCCAGUGUGAAGGCUGUUUAG